GAUCAUGGAUGGAGAAAACUGAAUUACUGAAUUUGAUGGUCAGAAAUUGUUGAUAUUGUUGAUUAGAAAAUUAUUUGAUUGUCAACUUUCAAAAAGUUUGUGACCUACUGUCCUCACAUUUAAACUUCGCGCCGUUCAGGCUAGAAAACUGAUAUUGAAUUUUUCUUAUAACAAUAAUAAUAAUAAUAUUUCAUGAUGGAAAGGAUAGUUGAAAGUAUUUGUUAUAAUCCACAAUUGUAUAAUCCAUAAGAAAACUGUUUUUUAAUAACUUUUCAUCAAAUAAUGAUUGAUUCGAUUUUUCUUGCGUAUCAUAUGUUUUGUUUCGUAUCGUCUGUUUUGUAUCUUUGCUGUACGCGUGUGUGAGUGUGUAUGUGUACGCUUGUUUUGACAUCUUCAGCUUCACUGUGUUUGUAGGCUAUUUUGUGAUUGUGAAAGUAUUUUCAUAAUUACACAAAAAUUUACGCCAUAAAAAACGAUUAAAUCUUUUUGGCCUUAACAGUUUUGUUUUUCAAGAUUUGCUUUUGUGAUAAGUCUUAUAUCGCUUCAAAUUCUUCAAUUUUAUUGUUUUCGUAUGUCUUUGAUUCCGAGUGGAAGGAUUUUGUUCAGUCUUGGAGCAUCUGCAUCUUAUCCAGUUUUUCGUUUCCAAAUAUGGAAAGGUUACAAAACUAGCAGUAAUCUUUUGAAAAUUAUUAGAGCAUCUUGUCCAUUCUCCAAGGUGCUUAGUAACUCUGAAUACCUUGCACGAAAACCAAAUUUCUUAGGUGACAAAUCGUCUUAUCUUCAUUUGAGCACAAUGUCAGAUUCUGAGGCAAGAAAAGCAGAAUUGAAGAAGAGGCUAACACCCAUACAAUAUCAUGUCACUCAAGAAAAAGGAACAGAAAGGCCCUACACAGGAAAGUACUGCAAAUCAACUGAGGCCGGAACGUAUCACUGCAUAGUUUGUAACCAACCGCUUUUCACAUCAGAUACCAAAUUCGAUUCGCACUGUGGGUGGCCAGCUUUCAAUGACGUCCUCGAUCAGGGGAAAAUCAAACUCACCAAAGAUACCUCAAAUGUUGGCGCCAACCUACUUUUGUUGAUCGCAAAUCCAGGUAUGAUCAGGACGGAGGUGACGUGCAGCCAGUGUGACGCGCAUCUGGGUCACGUGUUCAACGACGGGCCGCCGCCGACUCGUAAGCGGUUCUGUAUCAACAGUGCGUCGCUUGACUUCCAGCCGAUAGCUGGCGCUGCUGGUGGAGCUGAUAAUUGAGGAGUAGGAGGAGGAAGAGGGGUAGGAGGAGAAGGAGGAGGGCGAGGAGGAGGAGGAGGCGUAGGAGGGGAGAUGUGACGAGCUACACCGGCGAUUGUUAACUUUUAGUUUUUUCAAGUGACCAAUUUUGACGGUGUGGAUUGACAUCUUUUUCAUAUUUUUUUCAUAUCUGAGUGGCCGAUUUUCAACUGGAGGAGGACUAGAAUGAGUGAUAAAAGGUUGUAGUGAGAGGAGGAGGGGAAGAAGGAGUUGGAGGAGGAGGAGGAAGGGUGUUUACAGUAGGAGUGAUAGAAGGAAUAAGAGCUACACCGGUGGAAUGUCAAAUUUUUAUAGUAUUUUUGUAUAUGUGGAAUAGAAUGCGAGGUUUGACAGUUGACAGUAGUAGUCAGAGGAGGAGGACUGAGGAGGGGGAGGAAAUGGAGGAGGAGAAAGAGCGGUUACAGGAGGAGUGACAGAAGGAAUAAUAGCUACACCGGUGGAUUGUCAACGUUUUGGCAAUUUCUUGUUUUUUCUUUUUUUUUUUGUUUGAGUGAACAAUUUUCAAUUAGUAGACGAUGAUGGUGAUGAUGAUGAUGAUGAUGAUGAUGAUGA